AUGGCAGGGAUUAGCUCCAUGCCUCGAUCAGUGAAGAUUGCGCUCGGUGUUGGAGGUUUUUUCUCCGUUGUUGUUGUAGCCUGCCUUGGAGUCGGUGGUUCACUCUUUUUCCAAGAGCGCUAUAAAGUGUUACACUAUGCGGAAGAUUCCUGCCGCGUUACAUCAGCUAGCUACGACGCUUCCUUGAGAUGUACCGAAAAUUCCAAGGCCGGAGCAAGGCGUGGGAAAUGUUAUGCACCAGUCUGGCAUGUUGAAUUCGGUCAAAAUGGAACACGCAAAGGAACAAUACACGGAUAUGUAGAACGAUCUCUCGAUCACGUGAUAGUCGCAUCUGAUAAAUACAAGGUUGGUUCUUCGUAUCCAUGUUGGUACAAUACAAAGAAAUGGUCUGAACUAAUAUGGUACAAGCCAACUACUUUUUAUCCGCUCAUUUUACUUAUAAUUGGUGCCGUAGCUGUUCCAUUUGCUAUUAUUUCAUUCAUCAUUUUAUGUCGUCUCCGAGCGCAACCUGAUUUGUAG